AGCCCAACGCCUCCAUCUGCACCUGAAUCGGUCUGCAGUCCUCUGUGUCAGAAAUUACCUGGAAACGCAAUGUCCCAUACCGCUAUACGCAACGGGAACAAUACACCCGUCGAGGGAUCACUGGCUGACCCCCUCAGUCCCACCCACAACCUAAGAGGCCACGGCCGUCCCCAUCAUCACGGUCAUCAUUCGCAUCGUCAAGCUCACCACACUCAUCACCAACCUCAUCAUCACCAUCACCAGGCUCGCCACCCUGCGCCACACUGCCACUCGCGAGGGCAAACCCACUCGCACGUUCAGCAUGGUCAGCAUGAUCAACUGCGGGGCUGCCACGCCCUUUCCAAUGUGCAUGGACAUCCUCGCGCCCAUCACCAGCCCCAUAGUCAUAUUCAUCACAUGCAUCCGCACCGUCAUGGCGGUGAUCACCGAAGUAGGUUGUCCGGGUUGUCGUCCUCUCAUCGAGAAAAUACAAGUGUGGUAGUUCAGCCAUGACGUAGUACGAAGAAAUUCAAGUGGCCGUUUUGAAUUGUUGAACUUGAUUACCCGGUACCUGAGACUAAUACAAGUUCUGCUCCGCUCGUUGUAAUGUGUGAUGUUGCCUUCAUCAGUAACAUGGCAAAAUAGAUUCCGGGUUUUUACUGGUUUUGGAAGUUGCCGGGGUUUCCGGAAACCCGAAAAGGAAUGGUCUAAGGGUUUCUCUGG